CUGCAGCGGGCCCUAUUCGCUCCUCUCCACUUGGCGCAAGCGCGCUGUCUCCUCUGUGCGCUCUGUACGGUGUGUUUGCAUUGUGUCAGAACUGCCGGUGAGCUUUAAAAUAUUUCGUAGCCUUCCAACGGCGGCAAUGUCUGGCAGGUCCGUACGAGCCGAGACCCGGAGCAGGGCGAAAGAUGACAUCAAGCGGGUUAUGGCCGCGAUUGAGAAAGUACGGAAAUGGGAGAAGAAAUGGGUGACAGUUGGAGACACGUCCCUGAGGAUCUUCAAGUGGGUUCCAGUGACUGAGCCCAAAACAGCAGAUGAAAAGAAGAAGGGGAAGGAUGAGAAGUAUGGGUCAGAAUUGACCACACCAGAGAACAGCUCUUCUCCUGGGAUGAUGGACAUGAAUGACGACAACAGUAACCAGAGUUCUAUCGCUGACUCCUCCCCCGUCAAACAGGAAACCAGCAGCAGCACUAGCCCAGCCCCCGAACCCACCACCGUAUCCCACGGCAACAACAGUGAGGCCAAGAGCGACCAGAGCCCUGACUGCAAGAGGGUGAAGAGCAACCUAUCAGAGAGAGGACAGAGGGACAAGAGAGACAGCAGCCAGACUUCCUCGGGAGAAAAGGACACCUCAGAUAGCCGCAAAGCCACUCAGGAUCCGGAGGAAGAGGCUCCUCGCAGUAAGAAGAACAAGCAGGAGUCUCCAUCUUAGGACUAUGAGGAGAAAUAGUCACACUGCAUCCUUUCGUCUCUCUAUCCUCUUCCUUCCCAACGUAGCCCCUAACACUCCUCUGAGCAGAGGGAGAAAGGACUUUACCUCCCUUCACUGAGCACCUCUUCUCUUCUUCCACACUCACUAAUGCCACGAGUAGCUCUAUGAUCCAGCCUGUUAUCCUCUCCAUGGCCAGGGGUGGCGCUGUGUGCUCAGCUCAGCUCAGCCCAGAAUAGAAAAACACUACGGCGUCUCAAAAUGGACAAACUGCUAUUGACGCUUUUUCUCAUUUUUUUAAGCAAAGGUCUUCUGGCUGCAAACUUAAGCAAACUUCUUCUGGCUGCAAGCCCGAGGCCGGCCACAAUAUGACAACAGCCACUUCAAGUGCAGGGCGUGAAAUUCAAAAUAUAUUUUUUAGAAAUAUUUCACUUUCACACAUUAACAAGUCCAAUACAGCAAAUGAAAGGUACACAUCUUGUGAAUCCAGCCAACAUGUCCGAUUUUUAAAAUGUUUUACAGCGAAAACAGCACGUAUAUUUAUGUUAGCUCACCACCAAAUACAAAAAAGGACAGAUAUUUAUCACAGCACAGGUAGCAUGCACAAAGCCAACCUAACUAACCAAGAACCAACCAAACUAACCAACAAACAACUUCAUCAGAUGACAGUCUUAUGACAUGUUAUUCAAUAAAUCUAUGUUUUGUUCGAAAAAUUUGCAUAUUUCAGGUAUAAAUCAUAGUUUACAUUGCAGCUACAAUCAGAAAUGGCACCGAAAGCAGCCAGAAUAAUUACAGACACCAACGUCAAAUACCUAAAUACUCAUCAUAAAACAUUUCUGAAAAAUACAUAGUGUACAGCAAAUGAAAGACAGGCAUCUUGUGAUUCCAGCCAAUAUUUCCGAUUUCUUAAGUGUUUUACAGCGAAAACACAAUAUAGCGUUAUAUUAGCUUACCACAAUAGCCAGAAACACAAGCCAUUUCCCAGUAGCAAAAGUUAGCGAUCGUAACAAACCAGCAAAAGAUAUAUAAUUUUUGACUAACCUUGAUAAGCUUCAUCAGAUGACAGUCCUAUAACAUCAGGUUAUACAUACACUUAUGUUUUGUUCGAAAAUGUGCAUAUUUAGAGCUGAAAUCAGUGGUUAUACAUUGUGCUAACGUAGCAUCUUUUUCCCACAACGUCCGGAUAUUUUUCUGACACUUUUUCUGACACACAUAUUCUGACCAAAUAGCUAUUCAUAAACAUAACAAAAAAAUACAUGUUGUAUAGGAAAUGAUAGAUACACUAGUUCUUAAUGUAAUCGCCGUGUUAGAAUUCUAAAAAUAACUUCAUUACGACAUCCAGCUUAGGUAUAGCGAGAGAGUACCCAAAAGCUGGGCGCAAACGACUAGCACAACAUGUUCGACAGAUAUAUGAAAUAGCAUCAUAAAAUGGGUCCUACUUUUGCUGAUCUUUCAUCAGAAUGUUGUACAAGGGGUCCUUUGUCGGGAACAAUCGUUGUUUGGAUUUAGAACGGCCUUUUUCCCUCUCGGUUUAGCAAGCACACUUGCCAAGUGGCGCGAAUCUCUCCAUGUCAACAAACGGAAGAGAACGGAACACGGCAAAAGUCCCGAAAAAAUUUCAAUAAUCAGAUUAAACUAUAUUGAAAAAACAUACUUUACGAUGAUAUUGUCACAUGUAUCAAAUAAAAUCAAAGCCGGAGAUAUUAGUCGUCCAUAACGACAGCUUAUCAGAAGGCAAAUCCAGGUCCCUUGACGCGCUCUCCAGAAAACAGGAAACUGGUGACACGUCAUACAAAGAGCAUUUAUACGAGCCCAGAUCGCUAUUCACUCCAUUUCUUCUCUCACUCCUUGUCGACAUCUAGUGGAAGACGUAUGAAGUGCAUCUAAACGAAUAAAUAUCAAGGAAUUUAAUAGGCAGCCCCUAGAAGAGAGCAUCGUUUUCAGAUUUUCCACUUCCUGUCAGGAAGUUUGCUGCAAAAGGAGUUCUGUUUUACUCACAGAUAUAAUUCAAACGGUUUUAGAAACUAGAGAGUGUUUUCUAUCCAAUAGUAAUAAUAAUAUGCAUAUUGUACGAGCAAGAAUUGAGUACGAGGCCGUUUGAAAUGGGCACCUUUUAUCCAGGCUACUCAAUACUGCCCCUGCAGCCCAAAGAGGUUAAUUAAGGGAGUAUGCAAGCACACUCGUUCGGUUUGGCUAGCCAAGUUCGGCUAAGCGCCAGCCGAACUGAAACAUGCUGACGCCUUAAGGGCAUCUUCUAACCCAGGAGCCACGUCAAACCUCCCCCUAACUCACCUCUGGUUGAUACAGUGUUUGUUUAGGACAGUUUCCAGUUGUUACGUUUAGUUUUGGGGUUGUUUUUUUUAGCUCAGAAGGGUCAAUGCACUGCUAAGAUAUAAUGUCACACAAACACCACACCGUGGUUUUACUGCUGCUGUACUGGGUGUGGAUUUGUGUCCUUUUUACAAAAUGGCUUGUGAAAGUAUUCACCCCCUUGGCAUUUUUCCUAUUUUGUGGCCUUACAACCUGGAAUUAAAAUAGAUUUUUGGGGGGGUUGUAUUAGAGGUCGACCGAUUAUGAUUUUUCAACACCAAUACCGAUUAUUAGAGGACCAAAAAAAGUCGAUACUGAUUAAUCGGAUGAUUAAAAAAAAAAAAUGUAUUUAUUUAUUUGUAAUAAUGACAACUACAACAAUACUGAAUGAACACUUAUUUUAACUUAAUAUAAUACAAAAAUAAAAUCAAUUUAGCCUCAAAUAAAUAAUGAAAUGUUAAAUUUUGUGUAAAUAAUGCAAAAACAAAGUGUUGGAGAAGGAAGUAAAAGUGCAGUAUGUGCCAUGUAAAAAAGCUAAUGUUUAAGUUCCUUGCUCAGAACAUGAGAACAUAUGAAAGCUGGUGGUUCCUUUUAACAUGAGUCUUCAAUAAUCCCAGGUAAGACGUUUUAGGUUGUAGUUAUUAUAGGACUAUUUCUCUCUAUACCAUUUGUACUUCAUAUACCUUUGACUAUUGGAUGUUUUUAUAGGCACUAGUAUUGCCAGUGUAACAGUAUAGCUUCCGUCCCUCUCCUCGCCCCUACCUGCGCUCAAACCAGGAACACAUCGACAACAGCCACCCUCGAAGCAUCGUUACCCAUCGCUCCACAAAAGCCGCGGCCCUUGCAGAGCAAGGGGAACAACUACCUCAAUGUCUCAGAGCGAGUGACGUCACCGAUUGAAACGCUAUUAGCGCGCACCCCGUUAACUAGCUAGCCAUUUCACAUUGGUUACACUAGCCUAAUCUUGGGAGUUGAUAGGCUUGAAGUCAUAAACAGCUCAAUGCUUGAAGCACAGCGAAGAGCUGCUGGCAAACGCACAAAAGUGCUGUUUGAAUGAAUGCUUACGAGCCUGCUGCUGCCUACCACCGCUCAGUCAGACUGCUCUAUCAAAUAUCAAAUCAUAGACUUAAUUAUAACAUAAUAACACACAGAAAUACAAGCCUUAGGUCAUUAAUAUGGUCAAAUCCGGAAACUGUCAUUUCGAAAACAAAACGUUUAUUCUUUCAUUGAAAUACGUAACCGUUCCAUAUUUUAUCUAACGGGUGGCAUCCCUAAGUCUAAAUAUUGCUGUUACAUUGUACAACCUUCAAUGUUAUGUCAUAAUUAUGUACAAUUCUGGCAAAUUAAUUACGGUCUUUGUUAGGAAUAAAUGGUCUUCACACAGGUCGCAACGAGCCAUGCGGCCCAAACUGCUGCAUAUACACUGACUGCUUGCAUGGAACGCAAGAGAUGUGACACAAUUUCCCUAGUUAAAAGAAAUUCAUGUUAGCAGGCAAUAUUAACUAAAUAUGCAGGUUUAAAAAUAUAUACUUGAAUAUUGAUUUUAAGAAGGGCAUUGAUGUUUAUGGUUAGGUACACAUUGGUGCAAUGACAGUGCUUUUUUCGCAAAUGCGCUUGUUAAAUCAUCACCCGUUUGGCGAAGUAGGCUGUGAUUCGAUGAGAAAUUAACAGGCACUGCAUCGAUUAUAUGCAAUGCAGGACACGCAAGAUAAACUAGUAAUAUAUCAACCAUGUGUAGUUAACUAGUGAUUAUGUUAAGAUUGAUUGUUUUUUUAUAAGAUAAGUUUAAUGCUAGCUAGCAAUUUACCUUGGCUUCUUGCUGCACUCGCGUAACAGGUAGUCAGCCUGCCACGCAGGCUCCUUGUGGAGUGCAAUAUUAUGCAGGUGGUUAGAGCGUUGGACUAGUAACCACAAUCGGUGUCCAAAAAUGCAGAUUACCGAUUGUUAUGAAAACUUGAAAUCAGCCCUAAUUAAUCGGCCAUUCCGAUUAAUCGGUCAACCUCUAGUUUGUAUCAUUUGAUUUACACAACAUGCCUACCACUUUGAAGAUGCAAAAUAUUUUUUUAUUGUGAAACAAACAAGAAAUAAGAAAAAAAACAGAACUUGAGCGUGCAUAACUAUUCACCCCCCAAAGUCAAUACUUCUUAGAGCCACCUUUGGCAGCAAUUACAGCUGCAAGUCUCUUGGGGUAUGUCUCUAUAAGCUUGGCACAUCUAGCCACUGGGAUUUUUGCCCAUUCUUCAAGGCAAAACUGCUCCAGCUUCUUCAAGUUAGAUGGGUCCGCUGGUGUACAGCAAUCUUUAAGUCAUACCACAUAUUCUCAAUUGGAUUGAGGUCUGGACUUUGACUAGGCCAUUCCAAGACAUUUAAAUGUUUCCCGUUAAACCACUCAAGUGUGGCUUUAGCAGUAUGCUUAGGAUCAUUGUCCUGCUGGAAGGUGAACCUCCGUCCCACUCUCAAAUCUCUGGAAGACUGAAACAGGUUUCCCUCAAGAAUUUCCCUGUAUAUAGCGCCAUCCAUCAUUCCUUCAAUUCUGACCAGUUUCCCAGUCCCUGCCAAUGAAAAACAUCCCCCACAGCAUGAUGCUGCCACCACCAUGCUUCACUGUGGGGAUGAUGUGCUCGGGGUGAUGUGAGGUGUUGGGUUUGCGCCAGACAUAGCAUUUUCCUUGAUGGCCAAAAAGCAGAAUUUUAGUUUCGUCUGACCAGAUUACCUUCUUCCAUAUGUUUGGGGAUUCUCCCAAAUGCCUUUUAGCGAACAGCAAAUGUGGUUGCUUAUUUUUUUCUUUAAGCAAUGGCUUUUUUCUGGCCACUCUUCCGUAAAGCCCAGCUCUGUGGAGUGUACUGCUUAAAGUGGUCCAAUGGACAGAUACUCCAAUCUCCGCUGUGGAUCUUUGCAGCUCCUUCAGGGUUGUCUUUGGUCUCUUUGUUGCCUCUGAUUAAUUCCCUCCUUGCCUGGUCCGUGAGUUUUGGUGGGCGGCCCUCUCUUGGCAGGUUUGUUGUGGUGCCAUAUUUUUCCAUUUUUUAAUAAUGGAUUUAAUGAUGCUCUGUGGGAUGUUCAACGUUUCUGAUUUUUUUUUAUAACCCAACCCUGAUCUGUACUUCUCCACAACUUUGUCCCUCCUCUUUGGAGAGCUCCUUGGUCUUCAUGGUGCAGCUUGCUUGGUGGUGCCCCUUGCUUAGUGGUGUUGCAGACUCUGGGGCCUUUCAGAACAGGUGUAUAUAUACUGAGAUCAUGUGACAGAUCAUGUGACACUUAGCUUGCACACAGGUGAACUUUAUUUAACUAAUUAUGUGACUUCUGAAGGUAAUUGGUUGCACCAGAUCUUAUUUAGGGGCUUCAUAGCAAAGGGGUGAAUACAUAUGCACUUUUACGUUUUUAAUUUUUAUUUAUUUUUUGAAACAAGUAAUUUUUUUCACCUCACCAAUUUUUUUCACUUCACCAAGACUAUUUUGUGAAUGUCUAUUCCAUGAAAUCCAAAUAAAAAUCAAUUUAAAUUACAGGUUGUAAUGCAACAAAAUAGGAAAAACGCCAAGGGGGUGAAUACUUUUGUAAGGCACUGUAUAUAUAUAUAUACACACAGUACCAAUCAAAAGUUUGGACACACCUACUCAUUCAAGUAAAAAAAAAAAAAGUUUACUAUUUUCUACAUUGUAGAAUAAUAUUGAAGACAUCAAAACUAUGAAAUGGAAUCAUGUAGUUUUUGUAUUUUAGAUUUUAGAUUCUUCAAAGUAGCCACCAUUUGCCUUGAUGACGGCUUUGCACAUUCUUGGAAUUCUCUAAACCAACUUCACCUGGAAUGCUUUUCUAACCGUCUUGAAGGAGUUCCCGCAUAUGCUGAGCACUUGUUGGCUGCUAUUCCUUCACUCUGCAGUCCAACCCAUCCCAAACCAUCUCAAUUGGGUUGAGGUCGGGUGAUUGUGGAGGCCAGGUCAUCUGAUGCAGCACUCAUCACUCUCCUUCCUGGUCAAAUAUCCCUUACACAGCCUGGAGGUGUGUUGGGUCAUUGUCCUGUUGAAAAACAAAUGAUAGUCCCACUAAGUGCAAACCAGAUGGGAUGGCGUAUCGCUGCAAAAUGCUGUGGUAGCCAUGCUGGUUUAGUGUGCCUUGAAUUCUAAAUAAAUCACAGACAGUGUCACCAGCAAAGCACCAUCACACCUCCUCCACCAUGCUUCAUGGUGGGAACCACACAUGCAGAGAUCAACCAUUCACCUACUCUGCGUCUCACAAAGACACGGCGGUUGGAAACAAAAAUCUCAAAUUUGGACUCAUCAGACCAAAUGACAGAUUUCCACCGGUCUAAUGUAAAUUGCUCGUGUUUCUUGGCCCAAGCAAGUCUCUUCUUCAUAUUGUUGUCCAUUAGUAGUGGUUCCUUUGCAGCAAUUUGACCAUGAACAGUUGAUGUUGAGAUGUGUCUAUUACUUGAACUCUGUGAAGCCUUUAUUUGGGCUGCAAUUUCUGAGGCUGGUAACUCUAAUGAACUUAUCCUAUGCAGCAGAGGUAACUCUCGGUCUUCCAUUCCUGUGGCGGUCCUCAUGAGAGCCAGUUUCAUCAUAGCUCUUGAUGGAUUUUGCGACUGCACUUGAAGAAACUUAAAUAUUUCUCAAAAUGUUCAGGAUUGACUGACCUUCAUGUCUUAAAGUAAUGAUGGACUGUCGUUUCUUUUUUGCUUAUUUGAGCUGUUCUUGCUGUAAUAUGGACUUGGUCUUUUACCAAAAAGGGCUAUCUUCUGUAUACCACCCCUACCUUGUCACAACACAACUGAUUGGCUCAAACGCAUUAAGAAGGAAAGAAAUUCCACAAAUAAACUUUUAACAAGGCACACCUGUUAAUUGAAAUGCAUUCCAGGUGACUACCUCAUGAAGCUGGUUGAGAGUGUGCAAAGCUGUGAUCAAGGCGGCUACUUUGAAGAAUCUCAAAUAUAAAAUAUAUUUUGAUUUGUUUUGGUUACUACAUGAUUCCAUAUGUAUUAUUUUAUAGUUUUGAUGUCUUCACUAUUAUUCUACAAUGUAGAAAAUAGUAAAAAUAAAGAAAAACCCUUGAAUGAGUAGGUGGGUCCAAACUUUUGACUGGUACUGUGUGUGAUUUAAAAACAUUGUUUUACUGUCUUUGUUUUCUAGAGGUAGAACAACACAGUGGUAUUGGUCUCAUUUACAGUUGAAGUUUACAUAAUCUUAGGUUGGAGUCAUUAAAUCUCGUUUUUCAACCACUCCACAAAUUUCUUGUUAACAAACUAUACUUUUGGCAAGUCGGUUAGGACAUCUACUUUGUGGGGUCAUUUUUCCAACAAUUGUUUACAGACAGAUUAUUUCACUUAUAAUUCACUGUAUCACAAUUCCAGUGGGUCAGAAGUUUACAUGCACUAAGUUGAAUGUGCCUUUAAACAGCUUGGGAAAUUCCAUAAAGUGAUGUCAUGGCUUUAGAAGCUUCUGAUAGGCUAAUUGACAUCAUUUGAAUCAAUUGGACGUGUACCUGUGGAUGUAUUUCAAGACCUACCUUCAAACUCAGUACCUCUUUGCUUGACCUCAUGGGAAAAUCAAAAGAAAUCAGCCAAGACCUCAGAAAAACAAUUGUAGACCUCCACAAGUCUGGUUCAUCCUUGGGAGCAAUUUACAAAUUCCUGAAGGUACCACGUUCAUCUGUACAAACAAUAGUACGCAAGUAUAAACACCAUGGGACCACGCAGCCGUCAUACCACUCAGGAAGGAGACGCGUUCUGUCUCUUAGAGAUGAACGUUCUUUGGUGCGAAACGCGCAAAUCAAUCCCAGAACAACAGCAAAGGACCUUGUGAAGAUGCUGGAGGAAACACGUACAAAAGUAUCUAUAUCCACAGUAAAACGAGUCCUAUAUCGACAUAACCUGAAAGGCCGCUCAAUAAGGAAGAAGCCACUGCUCCAAAACCGCCAUAAAAAAGCCAGACUAUGGUUUGUAACUGCAAAUGGUUACAAAGAUCGUAUUUUUUGGAGAAAUGUCCUCUGGUCUGAUGAAACAAAAAUAGAACUGUUUGGCCAUAAUGACCAUCGUUAUGUUUGGAUUAAAAAGGGGGAGGCUUUCAAGCCGAAGAACACCAUCCCAAACAUGAAGCAUGGGGGUGGCAGCAUCAUGUUGUGGGGUUGCUUUGCUGCAGGAGGGACUGGUGCACUUCACAAAAUAGAUGGCAUCAUGAGGAUGGAAAAUGUGUGGAUAUAUUGAAGCAACAUCUCAAGACAUCAGUCAGGAAGUUAAAGCUUGUUCAGAAAUGGGUCUUCCAAAUGUACAAUGACCCCAAGCAUACUUCCAAAGUUGUGGCAAAAUGGCUUAAGGACAACAAAGUCAAGGUAUUUGAGUGGCCAUCACAAAGCCCUGACCUCAUUCCUAUAGAAAAGGUGUGGGCAGAACUGAAAAUGCGUUUGUGAGCAAGGAGGCCUACAAACCUGACUCAGUUACACCAGCUCUGUCAGGAGGAAUGGGCCAAAAUUCAUCCAAUUUAUUGUGGGAAGCUUGUGGAAAGCUACCCGAAUCGUUUGACCCAUGUUAAACAAUUUAAAGGCAAUGCUACCAAAUACUAAUUGAGUAUAUGUAAACUUCUGACCCACUGGGAAUGUGAUGAAAGAAAUAAAAGCGGAAAUAAGUAAUUUUCUCUACUAUUAUUCUCACAUUUCAUAUUUUUCAAAUAAAGUGGUGAUCCUAACUGACCUAAGACAGGGAAUUUUUACCUGGAUUAAAUGUCAGGAAUUGUAAAAAAAACUGAGUUUAAAUGUAUUUGGCUACGGUCUAUGUAAACUUCAGACUUCAACUGUAUGUUUUCCCGUAAGGACAGGCUUGUAGCGUAGGUAGGUUUUAUCUGAGGGUGUGUCUUGGUUGCUAUAGUAAAACGUACUUAGUAGGUAAAACAGUUUAACAAAUUUUUAGUGCCUUAAGUUUUAAACAUGUCACUGAGCUGACACUAAAUAAUUGUAAUAAAUAUUUACAUUUAACUAUGAAUGACAGGUUCAGUACAUUUAAACUACAGAGUUGGGAAUGGAGACUGUAACUGAAUGACAUCAUAUAAAAACCGUCAUUGUUGUUGACCAAGUUGGAAUUUAGCCUGGAUUCCAUCCUGUCUCUGCUGAACUCCUCAACUCUUUUGUGGUUAUCAUGUCUUUUGAUAGGAAAGGAGCUGGUUAAACAACACAGACUGACACCCAGGCUAGUGGGAAGCUGGGAGGCUAAAGUAAAUUCUGCUUUCAGAGAUUGCAGAAAUGGUUCAGUAGUUGUCAUCUACAGUAUGCAGCUUGAUACAUACAGGACAUGUUGAGAUCGUUCUUACUGUAUCUUGUGUAAUACCUUUUAUCAUCUCCACUCAGCUCACACUCAGUCUUGUAGUUCAAACCGUGUCUCAGAUUCUCAUUCAAGGUGCUCUCUGUCAGUUGCAACCUAGCUUCAGAAUAGGGGGAGGAAUGCAUAUUCGCACAUCUAUCAAAUCUAGAUAAUCAACCUCAAGCUUAUUUAUGUAUGUGUUUUUAUUCAGGCUCAACACUUAGUAUUUAAAAGUGAUCAACCAAUCAAUAAUUAUUCAUUUUUCAGGAAAUCAAUGAGUUCAGAUGGCAGAUGAUGUAGACAUGUGGAUCUCAGAGCAUGAGCCUACCUGACCCAAUGUUUAUCAGUGGGUGCACACAUCCAAACAUCAGUUCAAUGGAGAGAAAUUACAUUUCAGUGGAGACAGGGGAUGGCUUAGCAUAUACCUCAUUCCCAGUCCAGCAGUGCUGGUACUAGUGAUGUUAUUGACAUGAACAGUUAGAAGAACAGCAUUAUGUACAACCCUCAGUGUUAGAUCUCUAUUUAUCUUUAUUAUGUUGUAGCUUUCACCUGAUUCUGAUUGAGUCAGUCAAUGCUUCUAGUUUAACUCAUAAACUGUGUGUACGGAGCUGGGAGAUGUGAAAAUGUCCGAUAUUUUAGUGUGUUUUCUUGGGACCAUGUUUGAGUUUAGAAUGAUCUUGUACAGAUUGAUGGUUAGUUUGGACUUAUUUAUUACAUCGCUAGUGCUUGGAUUUGAUUAUGUCCAAUGGUUUUGUUUAAUUAAUAAAAAUCCACAAAUCA